AUGAAUAAAAUUAUAUUUAGUUUAGUUUGUAUCGUCAUCUAUGCCCUUUUGGUUGUACCAAUACAUUGCUCUGAACAGAGAGUAUAUUAUGGUGUAGGAAAUAAAUGCACCCGUAGUACCAGACAAAGAUACAGAAGGAACGAACAAAAUGAGAUCGAAUUUAAAUGCGAAACCCAAUUAAGGAAUGACAAUAAUUGCAACCCUAAAGAUGAUAAAGAUGAUAUAGAUGAUAAAAAUGAUAAAGAUGAUAUAGCUGAUAAAAAUGAUAAAGAUGAUAUAGACGAUAAAAAUGAUAAAGAUGAUAUAGACGAUAAAGAUGAUAAAGAUGAUAUAGACGAUAAAAAUGAUAAAGAUGAUAUAGACGAUAAAAAUGAUAAAGAUGAUAUAGACGAUAAAAAUGAUAAAGAUAAUAUAGCUGAUAAAAAUGAUAAAGAUGAUAUAGACGAUAAAAAUGAUAAAGAUAAUAUAGCUGAUAAAGAUGAUAUAGAUGAUAAAGAUGAUAAAGAUGAUAAAGGAUUUAAUUGUUUUAAUAUAUUUAAAAUGUAUAGAAUAAAUAAACGAUCAAACGCAUCUUCAAAUAGUAAAGUACCCUUAGAUCGCCCAUUUUGUCAAAUAACCGUAACAUAUUCAGAUAGCAAUGAAUCUCUUCCUAAAAUAACAUCUCGAUUUGGAACUUAUCAGCGUGAGUUUACUCCAAAAAAUCAGGAACAUUUAGAGAAGAUAUUAAAAUUAAAAGCAUCAUUAGAAAAACAAUCUUCAAAAUCUAAAAAAAGUAAAUAA